UGUCUGCUUCCCGUCACUUUCUUCGGAUUUCCACGGGCUUUUUAUAGGAUAUGCUCUAACGCCGAAUCCCUCACACUCUUAAAUCAAUCUGUUGUGGCCAAGAAAACUUCAGCCAAGCAGAGAUGGAGAAGAUAGAGCACACAACAGUGUCCACAAAUGGCAUCAAAAUGCAUGUAGCUUCAGUCGGCACGGGCCCAGUGAUUCUCUUCCUCCACGGCUUCCCUGAGCUCUGGUACUCGUGGCGCCACCAGCUCCUCUAUCUUUCCUCCCGCGGUUACCGCUGCAUCGCCCCCGACCUCCGCGGCCAUGGCGAUUCAGAUGCUCCUCCAUCACUGAGCUCUUACUCUAUCCACCAUAUAGUGGGCGACCUCGUAGGGCUCCUCGACUCUCUGGGGAUUGAGCAGGUUUUCCUGGUCGGCCACGAUUGGGGGGCGUAUGUGGCGUGGUUGUUUUGUCUUUUUAGGCCUGAUCGGGUUAAGGCUUUGGUCAAUUUGAGCGUGCCGUUCAUGCCACGGAAUCCGCAAUUUAAGCCUAUCGAUGGUUUGAGGGCCGUGUUUGGGGAUGAUUUCUAUAUGUGCAGGUUUCAGGAACCUGGAGAGAUUGAGGAAGAGUUUGCUCAAUUUGACACUGCAACAGUGUUGAGGAAGUUUUACGCAUUGCGGGAGCCACAGCCGCUUUUUUUACCUAAACAAGUAGGAUUAAAAGGUUUGCCUUACGAUUCAAGCUUGACGCCUUGGCUCUCCAAGGAAGAUAUCGAUUACUUUGCCAGCAAAUAUAGCCAGAAAGGGUUCACUGGAGCACUGAACUAUUACCGAGCAUUCAACUUAACCUGGGAGCUCACUGGACCUUGGUCUGGGGUACAAGUCAAAGUACCGACAAAGUUUGUUAUGGGUGAUCUGGACCUUGUCUAUUAUAUGCCAGGCAUAAAGGAUUACAUUCACAAUGGAGACUUCAAAAAGGAUGUGCCGUAUUUGCAAGAUGUGGUAAUUAUGGAAGGAGUAGCCCACUUCAUCCAGCAAGAAAAGCCGGAGGAAAUCAACGACCACAUUUACAACUUUAUCAAAACAUUUUGAUGACACUGUCAUGUCUUUUUAUGGCUCGCCGGUAAGAAAUCUGUUUGGCUAAAUCCAGUUUCAGUUCCUUUGUAUUCUAUUUCGUAUCAUGUAUUUUCCUGAGACAUUAGACGUCACUCGAAAAAUAAAUUCAAAGACUGCUGGUGGAUGCAUUGUGUGGUAUGAAAUUAAUAACAUUUCAGGGAACUUAUAUUUCAUUGCUUAUUGU